CUGACAAUAGACGCCUUUUCCAUUAUCGAGAAGCAAUUCGAAGAGGUGCCAACUUUACUCUAGUGCCUGUACAAAUAGUAAGAGAAAGUGAUGAAAGUUGUGAAUUUAGAUGGAAGCAUGAAAAGAGUUUAUAG